UGCUUCUGGCCGCCGCCGUCGCUGGUGCUGCUGUCGCUGCUGCUGCUCGCGGUGCCGGGCGUUGGCGCGGCCCAGCGCUCGGCGCUGUACUCGCCCUCCGACCCGCUGACGCUGCUGCAGGCGGACACGGUGCGCGGCGCCGUGCUGGGCUCCCGCAGCGCCUGGGCCGUGGAGUUCUUCGCCUCCUGGUGCGGCCACUGCAUCGCCUUCGCCCCGACGUGGAAGGCCCUGGCCAACGACGUCAAAGACUGGAGGCCAGCGCUGAAUCUCGGUGCCCUGGACUGUGCUGACGAGACCAACAAUGUAGUCUGCAGAGACUUCAACAUCCUUGGUUUCCCGACUGUGAGGUUCUUUAAGGCCUUUUCCAAGAAUGGCUCAGGAGCAACAUUGUCAGUGGCUGGUGCUGAUGUGCAAACUCUACGGGAGAGGCUCGUUGACGCCCUGGAAUCCCAUCGUGACACGUGGCCCCCAGCCUGCCCCCCACUGGAGCCUGCCAAGAUAGAGGAGAUUGAUGGAUUCUUUGCAAGAAACAAUGAAGAGUACCUGGCCCUGAUCUUUGAAAAGGAAGGCUCCUACCUGGGUAGAGAGGUGGCUCUGGACUUGUCCCAGUACCAAGGCAUGGCAGUGCGCAGGGUCCUGAACACGGAGGACGAGGUGGUGAACAAGUUUGGAGUCACCGACUUCCCAUCUUGCCACCUGCUGUUUCGGAAUGGCUCUGUCUCCCGAGUCCCUGUGCUUAUGGAAUCCAGGUCCUUCUAUACCGCUUACCUGCAGAGGCUCUCUGGGCUCACCAGGGAGGCUGCCCACACCACAGUUGCACCAACCACUUCUAGCACGAUCGUUCCCACUGUCUGGAAGUUUGCAGAUCGCUCCAAGAUCUACAUGGCUGACCUGGAAUCUGCACUACACUAUAUCCUGCGGGUAGAAGUGGGCAAGUUCUCAGUCCUGGAGGGGCAGCACCUGGUGGCCCUGAAAAAGUUUGUGGCAGUGCUGGCCAAGUACUUCCCUGGCCAGCCCUUAGUCCAGAACUUCCUGCACUCUAUGAAUGAAUGGCUCAAGAGGCAACAGAGAAAGAAAAUUCUCUACAGCUCCUUUAAAGCUGCUCUGGACAGCAGGAAGGAGGGGAUGGUCCUUGCCAAGAAGGUGAACUGGGUUGGCUGCCAGGGGAGUGAGCCACACUUCCGGGGCUUUCCCUGCUCCCUGUGGGUCCUCUUCCACUUCCUGACUGUGCAAGCAACACGCCAACAUGUAGACCAUCCACCAGAAGCAGCCAAAGGCCAGGAGGUCCUCCAAGCCAUCCGGAGCUAUGUCCACUUCUUCUUCGGCUGCCGAGACUGCGCUGACCACUUUGAGCAGAUGGCUGCUGCCUCCAUGCACCGGGUGGGGAGUCCGAAUGACGCUGUGCUCUGGCUCUGGUCUGGCCACAACAGAGUCAACGCUCGCCUCGCAGGUGCCCCCGGUGAGGACCCGCACUUCCCCAAGGUGCAGUGGCCGCCCCGCGAGCUCUGUACUGCCUGCCACAAUGAGCUCCGGGGCGUGCCCGUGUGGGACGUGGGCGCCACCCUCAGCUUCCUCAAGGCCCACUUCUCCCCAAGCAACAUCGUCCUGGACUUCCCUGCAGCUGGGCCGGCCUCCCGGAGGGAGGUGAUAGGAGCGUUGGAGCUGGUGACCAGGAAUUCAAUUCUGGGCCCUGAGAAGGCCAAGAUGGCAGAGUCCCCUGGAACCACCGUCCCAGAUGGUCCAGCUGAGGGACCCGAGGCAAGUCGUCCCCUGGAGCUGCACACGGGCCUCGCAGCGAGCCAAGCUGCACCAGACCAGGGGCCCCCCGGGCAUGUAGCAGAGCUUCAGAGGGACGAGGUGGCGCAGCCACGCCUGAGCAGGCGAGACACGGGGGCCGCAUUGCUGGCCGAGUCCCGGGCCGAGGAGCUCCAUCUCCUCCCUUCCGAGCUGAGGCGCGUGGGCCGCAGCUCCAAGCAGCUGGCCAGCAUCCCAGCUGGGGAGCCGGAGGCCCGAGCCGCGCGGGGCCGAGGCCAGUGGCUGCAGGUGCUGGGCGGGGGCUUCUCCCACCUGGACAUCAGCCUCUGCGUGGGGCUCUACUCCCUGUCCUUCAUGGGCCUGCUGGCUGUGUACACCUUCUUCCGGGCCAGGAUGAGGGUCCUGAAGGGCCAUGCUAGCCACCUUGCAGCCUGAGCCGUCCAACUUGGGGGGGGUAGAGAGAGGGAGCUGCCAUCUGUGGGGUUCGUCCAGCCUCUUGCCCCCUUCCCUCCCCUCACACCCCUUCUCCUUGUCCAGUCUAGGGGGUGGAAAUCCAGGAAAACCAGUUGCUUCAGUGAACCCCCUUGGGUCUAGUGGGAAGGAGAGUUUCAUAGACAGGAAAGACAAGAACAGAGUCCAGGUUCAUCGUACAGCACAGGAGAGAGCAGCCUUGGGCAGUGGGCUUAGGGAGGCUCAGUCCCUGGCCUCUCAGCACCAAAUUCCUGUUUUUCAGCUUAUUUGAAGUCCUUCCCCAUUCUUGCUAAAGCCUCAAUCCCUCCUGUUUUGUCUUGGCCCUAAAUUGGGGCAAGUGAGGCCAGUUUCCAAGGUUUCCCACCCAGAGGAGGGUCCCUCGGUCUGGGUGGGCUGGAGUGGAGCUCCUCAUGACUUUCUGGGGCUGCAUCAAUCCCACCCCCUUCUGGACACAAAGAGGCCUUUGCACCAGAGAAGGAAGAACCAUCUCUGGCCCUCAGUGAUCUGCCCAUUCUCCAGCCCCUUGGGCCUGGCUUCAGGGUGGGGUGUGGAAGCUUCCAGAAGUCAUGCUGGUCUUCCAGGUGAGGUUUGGUCAAGGUACCUACUGCAGGAAGAGCGUAGGUUGGGGUUGGUGUGGACUUGCCCAGCUGGGUGGGUGAUGGUCGCUGGGCUGUGGGGUGAGAGGCUUGCUAGGCGGGACUGGAUGAGGUGGUGGGGUGGGUGUACGGAAGGAUGCUGAGAUCUGUAGUACCUUGGCUCUGGGCUUAGCUGUAAGAGGUAGAGUGAAGCCACAAGAAAGAUAUGGUGGCUUUGGGUGUGCUUUGGCUUCUCCCCAUUGGGCUCUACCCUUCUCUGAGCUGGGUCUUUUGUCUUUU